AUGUCUAACUCUCAGAGAUUACCUAAAACAAAUGAUCAGUUGAAAAUGCAGGACAAAAGGCACAAUUCAAUGAGUAUGCUCGAAAACCUAGAAAGCUCUGCUACAUCUAUGAGAUCAAUUACAAAUUCACUAUCAAUCUCAACAAAUCUCUUAAAAUCGUCCUUAAAAGGCUUUGACAGAAUACUAAAAAAUACCGAAUUCAAAAGAACACAUGAGCUUAUCACCGAGGCAGAUAUUCAAAUGUCGCAAAGUUCCAUUGCAAGUGACAUGCUUCCACAACUGAAAGCACUCGUGGAUCAUAUAGAAAUACGCUUGGAUAAGACCGUUACCAAUAAAAAGAAUUUACAGCGACAAGUUAACCUCCAAGAUGACAAGAUCAAGAGUAUAUCUGAGGAACGAUCAAAAUACAACAAAUCACAGUUAACCCAAAAUGGUGUGCAGAAAAGCAAAGUUGAAAAGAAGCGUAGAAUGUUAGAGGUUACAAAAGAAUCGAAACAACUACAAGCCAAGAAGGCUAAAUUGAUGACUUCGAUGGAGCAAAUGGAUAUUGACGCUUUGGAAAAGCAACGUGCGUUACAAAAUAUUGAACAAGACAUAAAAGACACAAAGAGGUUAUCUGAGACCGUAAAGGUAGGGCUGUACUUAAAGAAUUUGGGCAUGGAACAACAAAGAUUACAAAAUGAAUUACAAAAGUUGAAAGAAAAGGCAAAGCAAAGCAAACUCAGGCUGAUAAAAGAACGCCAGAAGAGUAAUGAAGCUCAAUCGCACGAUAUUGUGGCAAGUCAAACUAAAAUGAAUAAUAUGGAACGAUAUGAUGAUGAAAAAUGGAUUGUUCAAGAAGAUCAGUGUCUGGAACACUACCAAAGAAGUCUUGAAAAUAUUUUAAAUUUAUUAAACAAGGUAUCAGAUCCAUCUUUCAAAGCAUCUGCUACAAUUAUAGACACAUUCAAGCACCAAAAGACAGUGUAUCUACAGUCAGUUGAAAAAGACCAGGAUAUGAUUAACUCGGUUAUAAUCCCAAAUUGUGAGACUCAUGAAAAGCACAUGCUUGAGAAGUUUAUUAUAAAAUGCAAGCUCCUGAUGCCUGAAAGUGCAAUGGCAGUUACCGUUGUGCGCGUAUUGGAAACUAUGCUUAAGAGAAAACAUGAGCAAGACAGGGAUCCAAGAAUGCUGUCAGAAAUUUUAUUAGAGCAUUUAUUAAUUAACGUCUCUUCUUUUCGGAAUGCAGGUAUUAUUGAACUAUUACCAGACCAAAAUAGUUCAAGUCAAAUCGAAGAUGCAUUCUAUCACUGCAGCUUAUCGCGCCACUUAUGCUCGAGAUGCAGCCAUGGUUCUUUAGUUUAUGAAAUGACAAUAAGAAGAACUGCCCAGCGACAUGCCAAGAAUAAUAGAGUUAUCAGCAUUACCAAAAGAUGUUUACCAUCCCGGUCAUAUAUUGUCAACUCUGAUGCAAGUGCAUCAGACUAA